GGGCUCAGGGUAAAGUUUCAGCCUCCGCACGUGACUCGCCAUGGCCGCUGCCUUCGACCCGCGCAGCUAAGCCGCGGCGGUCCCUCGGACGGCUUCUCUCCCGGGAUCUCUCACCCCUGACGCCGAGUAAUACCAAGGCAAAGGGUCAGGACCAACGCGGUGCCAGGAAGGAUUGCGUCCCCCGCGCUGCGAGCGUCUCGGGACAUGACCCCCCCAGCCGCCUACCCAAGGGUCAUCUAAGAGAGGCAUCCUUUUCCGCGUCCUGAAGGGCAGCUCUGGACCUCCCCAGGAAAGUGCCAGCUCACGGAACCGCUUGACCGAAGGACCGGCUCUUGGGACAUCCCCCAGCCCCUGGCCCCAAGCUAAAGUGGGGGCUCCAGGAGGCUGAAAUUAACUUGCUAGCCUUGGACCGCCGCUCCAGGACAGAAGGGGGGGUGGGCUGACCACCCAAACCCCCUCUGGGCCCAGGCCCCAUGCCCCAAGGAGGGGCGGCCUGAAGCCCGCCGGAGUCUCCUGCCAGACUGUCCGCCUGCCUUCGGACUGUGGCUGCUUGGCAUGGCCAGCAACAGCAGCUCCUGCCCGACACCCGGGGGAGGGCACCUCAAUGGGUACCCGGUGCCCCCCUACGCCUUCUUCUUCCCCCCUAUGCUGGGUGGACUCUCCCCGCCGGGCGCUCUGACCUCUCUCCAGCACCAGCUUCCGGUUAGCGGCUACAGCACGCCCUCCCCAGCCACCAUCGAGACCCAGAGCAGCAGUUCCGAAGAGAUAGUGCCCAGCCCCCCCUCGCCGCCCCCCCUCCCCCGCAUCUACAAGCCUUGCUUCGUCUGCCAGGACAAAUCCUCGGGCUACCACUAUGGGGUCAGCGCCUGUGAGGGCUGCAAGGGCUUCUUCCGCCGCAGCAUCCAGAAGAACAUGGUGUACACGUGUCACCGGGACAAGAACUGCAUCAUCAACAAGGUGACCCGCAACCGCUGCCAGUACUGCCGGCUGCAGAAGUGCUUCGAAGUGGGCAUGUCCAAGGAGUCUGUGAGGAACGACCGGAACAAGAAGAAGAAGGAGGCGCCCAAGCCCGAGUGCUCCGAGAGCUACGCGCUGACGCCCGAGGUCGGGGAGCUCAUCGAGAAGGUGCGCAAGGCGCACCAGGAGACCUUCCCGGCCCUCUGCCAGCUGGGCAAAUACACUACGAACAACAGCUCGGAACAGCGCGUCUCCCUGGACAUCGACCUCUGGGACAAGUUCAGUGAACUCUCCACCAAGUGCAUCAUCAAGACCGUGGAGUUCGCCAAGCAGCUGCCCGGCUUCACCACGCUCACCAUCGCCGACCAGAUCACCCUUCUCAAGGCCGCCUGCCUGGACAUCCUGAUCCUGCGGAUCUGCACGAGGUACACGCCCGAGCAGGACACGAUGACCUUCUCGGACGGGCUGACCCUGAACCGGACCCAGAUGCACAACGCCGGCUUCGGCCCCCUCACGGACCUGGUCUUCGCCUUCGCCAACCAGCUGCUGCCCCUGGAGAUGGACGAUGCUGAGACCGGGCUGCUCAGCGCCAUCUGCCUCAUCUGUGGAGACCGGCAGGACCUGGAGCAACCAGACAGGGUGGACAUGCUGCAGGAGCCACUGCUGGAGGCGCUGAAGGUCUAUGUGCGGAAACGGAGGCCCAGCCGCCCCCACAUGUUCCCCAAGAUGCUGAUGAAGAUCACGGACCUGCGAAGCAUCAGUGCUAAGGGGGCUGAGCGGGUGAUCACGCUGAAGAUGGAGAUCCCGGGCUCCAUGCCACCUCUCAUCCAGGAGAUGCUGGAGAACUCAGAGGGCCUGGACACGCUGGGCGGACAGCCCGGGGGCAGCGGGCGGGAGGGGGGUGGCCUGGCCCCCCCGCCCCGCAGCUGCAGCCCCAGCCUCAGCCCCAGCUCGAACAGAAGCAGCCCGGCCACCCACUCCCCGUGACCGCCUGCGCCCCACAGACGUAGCCCUUGCUCCUCGCCCGGCUUUUCUCUGCCUUUCUACCAACCAUGCGACCCCAGCCAGCCCUGCCCCCUCCCUGUCCUCCUCAGGGCAGGAGGGAGGAGGUGGCCACUCAUUGGACAGAGGCCCGGUGCUACGGACUGUUACUCUGUGGCCUGGGCUGACAUCAGGGGCAAGGUCACGAACUGAGUGAGGACCCCUGGUCUUGGGUCUCGGGAUGGGGCCUGGGGGCCUUGUGGUCAUCGAGACACCUCUCUGCCCACCUCGCCGCAUCAUCAUCACCAGCAAACGCCAGGACCCGGCUCCCCCAUCCUCGGAACGCGCAAGCCAUUGCCUCCUGGUUGGGGAGCCCCCCUUGCCUCAGUUGGUGGCGGAGGGGGUGGGCCGGGGGCGGGGGCUCUCCCUGUACAUACCUGCCAUACCAACCCCCCCGGGUAUUCUCGCUGGUUUUGUUUUUAUUUUAAUUUUUUUUUUGGUUUUGAUUUUUUAAAUAAGAAUUUUCAUUUUAAGCACAUUUAUACUGAAGGAAUCUGUGCUGUGUAUUUGGGGGAGCUGGAUCCAGAGCUGGGGGGGUGGGCCCUGGGGGAGGGCAGUGGCUCCAAGGGGCCCCCACUUUCUCCGCGUCCCUGUGUCCCCCAGCCUUCCCCCUGGCCUUUCUCUCCUGUUUCCUCUUUAAAACUGUGAAGUACUAACUUUCCAAGGCCUGUCCUCCCCUCCUUUGCGUGGGGGGAAGCAGCCAGCCCCCUUCUCCUUCUGCCUAACCACUGGUUCCGGACAACUCCCGGCAGCCCCCGCAGGAGGGCGCCCUCCACCAGAGGUGGGCGGGGCCAAGCAAGGGGCCCUCAGCACACACCUGAGCGUUUCCCUGCCCCGUGUGCCUGGCUGAGCCGCCCACUCCGCAUCGGGGCCCACGUGACCUAAGCCCUCUAGCCCCCACUUCAAAGGGGCAGGCCUGGGGGCCUGAGCUGCCCCUGCCCCCAGCCUCACAGCCACCAGCACCACCCACAGGACCCCCAGACACACCCAGGCCGACAGACAAGCUUGGCCCCAGCUCCUCCAUUUCCCUGGCCUGCUCCCAACCCCCACCCUACACCCGUGCCCCUCCUUGCCCCGCGGGACGGGCCUAAGGGGGCGGUCCCCUCCCCUGCACCCCUGGGCUGGGGGAGCCGGCUCUGCCCUGCCCCCUGUGCCCCAGGGUUGGGGUCUCAUCCCCCAGAGCCCGCUGGUGCACCUGUUACUGUUGGACUUUCCACUGAGAUCUACUGGAUAAAAAAUUAAAAUUAUAUUUAUUCUACA